GCGCCGGGAUGGCGCAGGCGGCGGCCCCCGCGGGCCAGCAGUACUUCCGCUCGGACAGCAGCGACUCGGCCGCCCGCAUGCUGGGACCCGCCGAGGGCGAGGCGCCGGCCUGCGGCGAGAAGCGCCGCCGGAGGAAGCGGUGCAGCCCGGUCUGGCUGGCCGUGGCCGCCAUGGCCAUCGUGGCGCUGCAGGUCGCCUCCACCACCGGCCUCUUCGUCUACUUCACCAUGUCCAUCGCCAAGCUCAAGAGCCAAGCCCAGGGGAGCUCGGAGGAGCUGCGCUGCCUCCUCUUCCUCAACAGGCUGCAGGAGCUGCCCGACUCGGAGGAGCUGGUCGGCAGCCACUCGUGCCUCAAGCUGGCUGGAAGCAUCAAGGACUACAUCGACAUGGUGACCGAGGGCAUCCUCCGCAAGAGCACUCAGAGCGGCGCACCCCGCGAGCACAGCAAUGCCUCGGGCGGGCCGCUGACGCGCACCGGGCCCGGCGGCAGUCCCUCUGCCCACCUCACGCUCUGGCGGCAGAGCCCGGCGCAGCCAGCCAGCGCCCGGCCCUUCGGGGAGCUGCAGCGCUCGUGCCAGCACCCACUGCCCCACUGGGCCAGCCGCACGAUGCACACCCACCUGCAGAACAUCACCUACCGGGACGGCAUGCUGCAGGUGCGCCAGGCGGGCCGGUACUACGUCUACACGCAGAUCUACUUCCGCUACCCCGCCGAGGGCGCCGACCCGCGGGCCGCAGGCCACCAGCUGGUGCAGUGCGUCAACCGCCAGAGCGCCUCCGGGCAGAACAUCCUGCUGCUGAAGGGGGUGGGCACCAAGUGCUGGGCCCAGGACGCCACCUACGGGCUGCACGCCCUCUACCAGGGCGGCCUCUUCGAACUCCGGGCGGGGGACAAGCUCUUUGUGUCCGUCUCCUCGCUGGACAUCAACUACGACCACACGGGCAGCUACUUCGGAGCCUUCCGCCUCGACGUGUGAACCGGAGCGGCGCUGCACGGAGCGGCCGCCGGCCGGCCUGAGGCGGCUCUCCCCCGUGUGCUGGGCAGCCGCGCAGAGGACGCGGCCUGGCCCGGACCCCGGCACCCGGGGCCCGCUCACCCGGACAGGCGGCAGGCCCGGCAUCGUGGGGGAGGGCCGAGCCUCCGGCGCGCGGUCGGCAAAGCCCCCGUGGCCUGGCGGAGCUGCAUUCCCGCACCUCUUCCCUCUGGCACGACGUUCUCGGGGCCCACCGGGACACACCUCUCCCAUCCCUUUUCUGCUGAAGUAUGAGAUUUGCAGGGGGGCGGGGGCGCACAACCUUCCUGCCAGAUUCCAUUUCAGUGGCUGAUCCAGCAGGCAGGGACUGGGGCAGGCGAGACGCAAGUUGGAUCAAGGCGCACGGUGGACCUCCGCGGUGGCUGGACGGUCGGGAUUUACCCAGGGUUGUUCUGCCGAGUUGGUGAAAAGCUGAUGCAAGGCUUGCAGCAUGAACUCUCCUGACGCACACAUCCGGCGUGGCCCUUCCCCUCUUGCACCUUCAGCCGCUGUGGAAAUUCCUAAGUGAGACGAGUGAAGCUUUUCCCACCGUUUCCCCACCUCCCCGUGUCCAGUCCCUGUUGGGUGGUACUGGAAGCGGCCCAAGAAAAGGGGGCUGUUCUCCCUCCUGGGGGCAGGCGGUGGCGCGUCCGUGGGCCCUGCAGGCAGCCCCCCUCAGCUCCUCUGGCGCUCGUCCUGCCCACGCGCAUUACAGGAUCUGCCCCUGACCCGAGAGAAGAUACUCCGCGUCAAGCUGGAUGUCUCCUUGGAUUUCCCUUGAACAUCGCGGGCGAUCUCCCCGCCUCCCUCCCGGCGCCGACCCAGAGCCUGGGCGAGCCUCCCAGCCAUUUCGCCCCGCUCUUGUGGGUGUGCCAGAGGCAAGUGGGAUCCUCGAGGGGGGAGUUCAAGGCAGAAUCGGGGCCGUUCUCUGCUGUGAGCUGGGCAGUGCCUCUUCCCCAGGCCAGUCACCAGCAAAGGAAGCUGCGCCUCCAGGCAGCGAACCAGAGCAAAGGGGGGCAGCUGCGCCGUGUGGUCCACGCCACUCUGGAGGCCCUGCAGGAGGCUGCGGAGAGCAGGGGAGGGGCAGGCAGGUCCCGUCAGGCUUGCAGAGGCUGCCGGCAGGGCAGGGGAGCGAGCUGUGGCGCAGCUGCGGCUCCCUUGCAAGGCUGACGGGAGACCAGGAGGCGCUUGAGCGCCCAGGUGUUCCUGGCAGCCCCACAGCGGCAGACGGCUCGCGGACGGACGGACGGGCCCAGGCCUGCCGGAGGAGCCUGGUUUCAUUGGAGCAAGGAGCAGCGGAGCGGCCGGUCGCCUGUGCUGAAGAAGGGCAGCCCCUCGUGGCCAAUCCGCUGAUCCGGAUGAAGCUGCCACGGGCCUGGUUGCCGGAUUCGCCUGGAAAGGGUGCCCCGGACGUGGGGCAGUGAAGCCAGGCGUCCUGGGCAUGGGCCUCGCGUGGAGCUGCCCCGGGGCCUGAGACCUUUCUGAGCAGCAACCUGCACGGUGGCGUGUGAAGCCCCAUCCCACUCUUCCUUGGUUUAUGCCGGGCUUGAGGAAAGCUUGGUUUCCUUCUGCACCCGACCUGUUGGAGAAGCAAGAAAUUAAACAUUACAGCAACAGGCCGAUUCAGU